CCUUUCAAGAAACCCAGUGUCGUUGUCGUAAAGCUCAGUCUAGAACCCGGAUGGAACCAAUGGGAUAGAACAGCCAUUGGGGGAAGUGCUGCACGCUAACUGUGUAGGGAUCUCUGGAGUGAAAAAAAAGACGUAAAAGAUUUAACUGUGGACAGAUUGUACCGGAUCCAAAAACAAUAUUCUGUGGAGAUCUAGAAAUAUUAUCCCGACUUAUUUAAGCUUGGACAUUGAAUCCGAGCGGACCGGAUAAGAUACUUGCACUGUGGGAGUUGAUCUGGGGAUACAAGCAGUGGAAAAACACUUUAGCUAGCCUAGCCAGCUAACUGAGCUAGGAACCAUCGAAAACCGGAGCAUCAGAUACACUGACCUGCUAGGCUCCGUGCGAAUCCAGGGACUUGCUUAAUGAAUUAUGUCUGCCACAAGCAUUGACCCUCAGAGAUCAAAGGGACAAGCAUCUAAAGUGCAAAAUGGUUCGCUGCAUCAGAAGGAGACUGUCCACGACAAUGACUUUGAGCCGUACCUCACUGGCCAAUCAACCCAGAACAGCAGCUACCAGUCCAUGACCGACCCCUACCUGUCCAGCUACUACGCCCCCUCCAUCGGCUUCCCCUACCCCCUCAGUGAGGCCCCCUGGUCCACCGGUGGAGACCCCCCAAUCCCUUACCUCACCCCCUACGGACCCUUGAGCAAUGGAGACCACCACUUCAUGCCCGACACCGUGUUUGGCCAGCCUGGAGGGCUUGGCAGCAGCAUCUACCCCCACCGCUUUAACUUUUUCCCUGAGAACCCAACCUUCUCCGCCUGGGGCACCAGUGGCUCCCAGGGCCAGCAGACUCAGAGCUCAGCCUACGGUGGCAGCUAUAGCUACCCUCCCAGCUCCCUGGGUGGCACACUGGUGCCUGACGGCCAGACAGGCUUCCAUAGCGACACCCUCAACAAGGCCCCUGGCAUGAACAGCCUGGAGCAGGGCAUGGUGGGCCUGAAGAUCGGUGGUGACCUCACAGGCCAGGGGUCAGGAAUCAAGGCUGUGGGCUCUGUGAUUGGUGGACCGCCGGUCGUGGCACAGGGGAACGGGGGUACGUCCAUCGGUAUGCCCCCGCCGAAGCCCGCCUCCUGGGCGGCCAUCGCUAGUAAGCCGGCCAAACCGCAGCAGCUGAAGUCCAAGGUGAAACCAGGCAUGCCCAGCCCUGGGGGAACCCUGCCCCCUCCGCCCAUCAAACACAACAUGGACAUUGGCACUUGGGACAACAAGGGGCCUAUGAAUAAAGUGGCCCAAGCCCCCAUGCAGCAGCAGCAGGCUAUGAGCAUGCCCCAUGGCCACCCCAUGCAGCCCCAGACCCCCAUGCAGCAGAACCCCAUGCAGCCCCCUCCCCAGUCCCUGCUGCAGCAGCAAAUGCAGCCCAUGGCCUUACACCACCAGCACCCUCCUCAACCCUACCAACACCAGACCCAACCCCCACAUCCCCAGACCCGCUGGGUCGCCCCGCGCAACCGUAACCUUGGAUACGGACAAGGAGGGGCCGGCAUGGACGGUAGCAGUAUGAUUGGCAUAGUCAGCGGGGGUAAUGGCGGUCCCCCUGGUUCUGCCGGUAUGGUCCCUGGUGGAGUGGAGAACCACCCGGUGUUGGAGAAGCUGCGUGCUGCCCACAGCUACAACCCCAGGGUGUUUGAGUGGAACCUGAAGAACGGCCGUGUGUUCAUCAUCAAGAGCUACUCUGAGGACGACAUCCACCGUUCCAUCAAGUAUUCCAUCUGGUGCAGCACCGAGCACGGCAACAAGCGCCUGGAUGGGGCCUUCCGCAGCCUCAACGGCAAAGGACCCGUUUACCUGCUGUUCAGCGUCAACGGCAGUGGCCACUUCUGCGGCGUGGCCGAGAUGCGCUCGUCCGUGGACUACGGGACCAGUGCCGGCGUGUGGGCGCAGGACAAGUGGAAGGGCAAGUUUGACGUGGACUGGCUGUUUGUUAAGGACGUGCCCAACAGCCAGCUGCGCCACAUCCGCUUGGAGAACAACGACAACAAGCCGGUGACCAACUCCCGGGACACUCAGGAGGUCCCUCUGGAGAAGGCCAAGCAGGUGAUGAAGAUCAUCGUGGGCUUCAAGCACACCACCUCCAUCUUCGACGACUUCUCUCACUAUGAGAAGAGGCAGGAGGAAGAGGAGGAGGUACGCAAGACCUUUGAGCCGCCUGCACCCAUCCAGAACCGUUCUCGGCUGGAACAGGAGCGCCAAAACAGGAGUAAACAGCAGUAGAAGACAUUUAUCCUUGGCUUGAUCAACAGUUACACUAGGACAUUCGAUUUAAGAGACAGAAUCAUUCAGAAAUUAUAUUUUAAAAAAAUUAAAAUAUUUUUUUUCCUAUUUAAUCCUGGUGAAUUUCUGCCACCGCCGUGGAGACUUGUGCUUUCCGGCCCCAGGUACCACCCAUCACCUCUUGUGCAGGGAUAACAAGCUGAGUUCAUGUAUUACCUAGCCACCACCGUGGAGACUUGUGCUUUCCGGCCCCAGGUACCACCCAUCACCUCUUGUGCAGGGAUAACAAGCUGAGUUCAUGUAUUACCUAGCCACCACCAUCACAUUGUUUUAGUUCUGAUUGACUUUGUUUUUUUACGUUCUCUCCCAUAUACUCUUUCUCGUCAGACUGGAUUUGUUUUUGACCUCUCCUGGCCCCUCCCUAAUAACUCUUCCUGGAUUUGUUUUUGACCUCUCCUGGCCCCUCCCUAAUAACUCUUCCUGGAAUUGAAUCAGGGUUUGACAGCACCAAGGAGAAGAGAGAAUAUCUGCCACUUUAUAUUUCUGUACAAUCAGGAACUGCCGUGUCCUGCCCCUGUUUGUCCAUUGGGGGGCGGUGUUGCCAUCCUUCAGAGGUUUAACUGUGCCAACAGGGUUGGAGGAUCCCAAAGGCAAAAAAUGUUCGGACUUAGAACUGUGUGUGAUAAUGAGACUUCAGCGGUUUAUCUAUUUUUCAUUCAAGAUCAACAAAGUCUAUAUUUUAUGGCUUACUACUGACAAUUUUCAGUUCAGAAAGAUGAUUUUUCUGGAGCCUUAAUAUUUUGUUUUCUAGUUAUUGAUGACUUGUCAAAAGAAUCUUUAACUGACAGUGCUGGAGAAAUCAGGGAUAGUCUGAAGUCAGACUUGGGACAUUUCAAAGGAGGAAGUGUGCAAAGGCCUCUGGGAAGGAAGUAACUGAUGGGUGUCCUCCACGACGAUGGAGCUCUCACCAUCUGAAUUGAAAAUUAUACUAUUUUACAUCCCUAACACCCUUCCACUUUGUUUUGAUAAAUGGCAUUUGUCUUGAAGAAGUUGUGUCAUUAUCAGGAGAUUAUGUUCACGUACUCAAGCCAGUCUGAGAGAAAUGUAGCAUUCACCAUUUUAAAUGAAUUAUUUUAUAGUUGGAAUGAUGUGCUGUAACUGCUACAUAUGAAUGAAUUGUUUCUCUAUUUGGAAAAAUCACUUGGGUUAAUUAUCUGUUCAUCAUAAUUCUGUCUUAAUCUGUUGUUUUGUUUGACUUUCUUCUCAAAAUGUGUUUUUUCUGUAAAUCUCAUGUUCUUGUUAAUGCUAUGUUAACUUAGGAGCCUGUAGUCAUGGAGAUGACCUGAAAUGAGCAACUGAUUUACUAUCAAGAGUAAGAAAACAAAUAAGAACUAAAUAUGGUUUCUGUGUUUUUUGUUGGUCAAAGUCAUUGAAAAUAAGUCAGUGGUAUCAGGAAUUAUCUAUCCAUCAAGAUUGAUUGGUGGUUGAACAUUGAAUGAUAAACAAUUAUCCCAAUUAUCCCUAAUUAAUAGCCCACAGUGUGCAAUCAUGCAGGCUGCAAUCACAGUUUGGUAACCUUGAUUACAUUGUGGUUAAACACUAUACAACCCUUUUAAGUAAUGGUUGGCACAACGAUUUCUUUCUAGUACAGUUCCUUUAUUGACAGUACAGCAGUAUUUCCUUUGUUCUCUUACUGAUCUCAGACAUGCUGGAUUCGCAUUCUGCACAGAGAGACUGGGUAGAAACUGUUCUGUGUGCCAUUCAGUCCACUCUCUAGUGUUGUAGGUUUAUUCUGACUUGAGCAUUAAACCUGGAAUUCUGUGACAUCACAGUGUGUGUGAGCAAGAGAGAGACGUGGAUGUGAAUGCUGUCCCUCGCUGUUACUGCACAUCAGUGGAGGAGCUAUAGGAGGAUGGGCUCAUUGUAGUGGCUGGAAUUAAAUAACUGGAACGGAGUCCAACGUGGUUUCAAUAUGUUUGAUAUCGUUCUAUUGAUUCCAUUCCAGCCAUUACAAUGAGCCUGUCCUCCUAUGGCUCCUCCCACCAGCCUCCAUUGCUGUACAUGAGUGUGAACCCACAUCUUUUGUGUUCAUGGAGAUGUAACAGCGUUGUUUCUUGCCAUGUGCCUGGAUCAGUUCCAGACUUGCUGGAUGUUUGUGUAUCACCACAGCCCAGUCUCAGAUGUUGCGUAGCUGCUCUUUUCCCUGGCCGGUGUAGUGUAGCCCCUGUAUGUCUGGAGACAUGACCUUUGACUUCGUACAGGGGACGUCCGGGUGCAUCUCAAUAGUCUAAAGUGGCUUCCUUCCUCUCCUCCAUCUGCAGUAAUGUGAAAACGGAGUUAAAGCCAUAUGGGGUGGAUAAUUUCUAUGGUGUCUAAGUUGUUUUUCACACCAGUAUAGAUGAAGGAAAGGAGACAAGUGGAGGAAGCCACUUUAGAUUAUAGACAUUGCUGUUUUUCUUUCGGUCAAGAAGCAUGAAAUGGAUGUGAUGCCUAUAGUUCAGGACUUACAUGCACGUGUCGAGUUGUUUGCUGCAAUAGAGGGCCAUGUGUAUGGUUCUAAAAUAAAGGAUAUGUCUACUACACUAAAGGAAUAAUGACGUGAUAUAAAACAAAUAUUAAUACAAUGAAUUAUUGUAUAGACUUGCAAGUAAACCACUUUAGCUCUAUCAGUGGAUCAACCUGUAAGGUUUUGAAAGCUCUAUCUUGGUUUAUUAUAUUUUUUCCUUUAGAAAAAAUCAAGCCUUAAUAAACUGUAUAUUUAGCAACAAUCA